AUGAGCAGCAAUGACUCGGCCCUCAUGGCCGGAAUAAUCUAUUAUUGUCGAGAAAAGUACUUCCGACAUGUGCAGAAUGCUGCAGCGGAAGGUCUGGAGAAAUUCAGCAACGACUCUGUUCUGCAGUUCUUUAAGGCCUACGGACUCCUCCGAGAAGAGCACAUACAAGAGGCUAUUGGCGAGCUAGAGACCCUGAAGAGCCACCCGGAUGUGUCCCUGUGCUCCAUGAUGGCCCUCAUUUAUGCCCACAAGCGUUGUGAGACCAUUGAUCGGGAGGCUAUUUCAGAACUUGAAAAUUGCCUCAAGGAAACCCGGAAAUCUGCCGGCGUGAAUGCCUUGUAUUAUGCGGGGAUGUUCCUUUGGCUGAUGGGUAAAAACGAAAAAGCCAAGGAGUAUGUUGACAGAAUGCUGAAAGUAUCCAGCGGAUCUAAAGAGGGCUAUGUGCUCCGAGGCUGGGUGGACUUUACCUCUGACAAACAGCACACCGUGAAGAAGUCAAUCAAGUACUUUGAUCAAGGGAUUCGAGACACCAAGGAUGUAUUGGGCCUGAUGGGGAAGGCAAACUAUUUCAUGAUACAACAGAAUUACUCAGGCGCCCUGGAAGUGGUUAAUCAAAUAACAGUUACGUUUUUUAACUUCAUCCCAGCACUUAUCCUGAAGAUGAGACUCUUCCUGGCCCAGCAAGACUGGGAGCAAACUGUCGAAACAGGACACCGAAUCUUAGAAAAAGAUGAAAACAACAUCGAUGCCCGUCAGGUUCUGGCUGUGCACGAGUUUGCCAGGGAAGGAGAUGUCAAUGAAGCGAUCAAUCAUGUGAGAAAUCUGAUUAAGGCUUUGGAGACCAAGGAACCCCAGAACCCGAGCCUCCAUCUCAAGAAGGUCAUUGUCAUCAGUCGAUUGUGUGGGAAGCACCAGAUAAUCCUGCAGCAAAUCUAUGGUUUCAUCGAGCACACCUUCAUGGCAGCGCCCUCAGAUGCCCAAUUUGCUAAUGAGCUGGGCUACCAGCUCAUCCUUCAGGAGAGAGUGAAGGAAGCGUCUCUGUGGUACACAGAAGCAAUGAAGCUGGAUGAGAGCAGCAUCGCAGCCCUGACAGGCAUCAUCUGGUGCCAGAUCCUGGAGGGCAACCUGGAGGAGGCAGAGCAACAGCUGGAAUUCUUAAAGGAAGUUCAGUUGUCCCUGGGGAAGUCUGAGGUCCUCACCUUCCUCCAGGCGCUGUUGGCCUCCAAGAAGCACAAAAGUGAGCAAGUGGCCACAGCUCUCCUCAAGGAAGCGGCAGAGCUUCACUUUUCCAACAUGCAAGGCCUCCCCCUCAGCGUUGAGUACUUCGAGAAACUCAAUCCCAUCUUCCUGGUGAACAUCGUGAAAGAAUACCUGUUCUUCUGCCCCAGGCAGCCUAGAUCCCCAGGCCAGAUCGUAUCUCCUCUCCUCAAACAAGCAGCAGUGAUCCUAAACCCAGUGGUCAAAGUGGCCCCCGCUCUGAUCGACCCGCUUUAUCUCAUGGCCCAGGUCAAGUACCUGUCAGGAGAACUAGAGAAUGCUCAGAGCACAUUGCAGAGAUGCCUGGAGCUCGACCCGACCUCUGCGGACGUUCAUCUCUUGAUGGCCCAGAUCUACCUGUCUCAGGGAAACUUCACCAUGUGCUCCCACUCCUUAGAGCUGGGAGUCAGCCACAACUUCCAGGUGCGUGAUCACCCACUGUAUCACUUCAUCAAAGCAAGAGCCCUGAACAAAUCAGGAGACUACCCCGAGGCCAUCAAAACCCUCAAGAUGAUCAUGAAGCUUCCCACAAUGAAGAAAGGGGAGAACAAGAAGACGAGAAGCUCUUGUAUCCAGCCCAGCGAGCGAGUGUCCAUCUUGCUAGAACUCGCCGAUGCGCUGCGCUUAAAUGGGGAACUGCAUGAAGCCACCAAGAUCAUGCAGGACGCUAUUAACGAGUUCAGUGGCACCCCUGAGGAGAUACGCAUCACCAUCGCCAACGUGGACCUGGCUCUGAGCAAGGGGAACGUGGAGAUGGCACUUGGAAUGCUGAGAAACAUCACCCCCAAGCAGCCCUAUUACACGGAGGCCAAGGAGAAGAUGGCACACAUUUACCUUCACACGAGGAAAGAUAUCCGGCUCUACAUCGGCUGCUACAGAGAACUCUGUGAACACUUGCCAGGCCCCCACACCAGCCUCCUCCUGGGUGAUGCCUUCAUGAAUAUUCAGGAGCCCGAGAAGGCUCUGGAGGUGUAUGACGAAGCUUAUCGAAAGAAUCCUCACGACGCCUCCCUGGUCAGCAGGAUUGGGCAAGCCUAUGUGAAAACUCACCAGUAUAAUAAGGCCAUCAAUUACUACGAAGCGGCGCAGAAGAUAAGUGGGCAGGACUUCCUGCGCUGCGACCUCGCCGAGCUGCUCCUGAAGCUCAAGAAGUUCAACAAGGCGGAGAAGGUGCUGAAGCAGGCCCUGGACCGCGACUUUGUUAAUGACAUCCCUUCCAUGAUGAACGAUGUCAAGUGCUGGCUUUUACUCGCUAAAGUGUAUAAGAAUCACAAAAAGGAAGAAGUGACGAAGACUCUGAACAAGGCCUUGGACGUCCAGUCUAGGAUACUGAAGCGGGUACCCCUGGAGCAGCCGGAGAUGCUUCCUUCCCAGAAGCAGUUGGCUUCCUGGAUCUGUGCCCAGUUUGGGCAGCAGCACCUCUCAGAGAGGGAUUACCCUAAGGCUGUCAAGGCCUAUAAGGACGCCCUGUCCUACUCCCCGAUAGACAACAAGGUGAUGCUGGAGCUGGCCCAGCUGUACCUGAUCCAAGGGGACCUGGAUGCCUGUGAGCACCACUGCGCCAUUCUGCUGCAGAGUGACCAGAGCCACGAGACCGCCAGUGUGAUGAUGGCUGACCUGAUGUUCAGAAAACAGAAAUAUGAAACUGCUAUCAAUCUGUACCGUCAGGUUCUCGAAAAGGCCCCAGACAAUUUUUCAGUGUUAAACAAAUUGAUCGACCUGCUAAGACGGAGCGGCAAGCUUGAGGAUGCCCCAGCCUUCUUUGAGCUGUCUAAGAAAGUGUCCAGUCGGAUUCCACUGGAGCCAGGUUUUAACUAUUGCAAAGGCAUCUAUUGUUGGCAUGUUGGACAGCCCAAUGAAGCCUUGAAGUACCUCAACAAGGCCCGGAAGGACAGUGACUGGGGCCAGAGAGCCACCUACAACAUGGUGCAGAUCUGCCUCAACCCGGACAAUGAGAUCAUGGGGGGAGAGGCACUGGAGACCCUCACCAUGGAGAACAGUUCCACAGAGAAGAAGGAGUCUGAGCAGCAUGGGGUCCGCACCGCAGAGAAGCUCCUACGGGAGUUCUACCCUCACAACAAAGAGGGGCAGGACCAGCUGAAGAUGCUGCAGAGUUACUGCCUCCUGGCCACCAAGGAGAAGGCCAACGUGGAGACAGCCCUCGGGGCCUUCAUCGAGAUUGCUCAGACAGAAAAAGAAAGUGUCCCAGCCCUCCUGGCAAUGGCCCAGGCUUACAUGAUACUGAAACAGAUCCCCAAGGCCCGCACUCAGCUCAAAAGGCUGGCUAAGGCUCCCUGGGCCCUGACUGAUGCAGAGGACCUUGAGAAGAGCUGGAUACUCCUGGCUGACAUCUACUGCCAAAGUGGCAAGUUUGACAUCGCCACCGAGCUCCUUCGCCGCUGCGUUCAGUACAACAAGUCAUGUUGUAAAGCCUACGAGUACAUGGGCCUCAUCAUGGAGAAGGAGCAGUCCUACAAGGACGCAGCCAGUAACUAUGAGCUGGCCUGGAAGUACAGCAACCAGGCCAACCCUUCCAUUGGUUUCAAACUUGCAUUCAACUACCUGAAAGACAAAAGAUUUGUGGAAGCCAUCGAGGUUUGCCACAGUGUACUGAAGGAGCACCCCAACUACCCGAAGAUCAGAGAAGACAUUCUGGAAAAAGCCCAGGGGUCCCUGCGGCCCUAG